CCAAACAUCAUGUGAUUUGGAAACAUUUUAAAGCUGCCACCACUGCGGUCUGGUCUAGUGUCACUCCACAGGGGAACUCUCAUCGAUACAGCUUUGUAAAAUGACUCCUUGGGGGGCGAGGUUUCUUCCUUUGUGCGGCAGUCUCCUGUUUCUCCUCCAAGACCAUGUGUCCUCAGGGAACAUCAUCGCCGCAGUUGGAACAGAUGUUACUCUGAGGUGCAACUACGAUGCUCAGAAGUACGGACGGCUGUAUGGUUGUUGGGGCCGAGGGGCCAUUCCUUCAAGGGGCUGUGCCAAUGAGGUGAUCAGGUCAGACGGGAUAUCAGUGGUCAGCCGGCAGUCAGAGCGCUACCUGCUCAUGGGUGAUAUUGUUGAGGGAGAUGUGUCCCUGACCAUCAGGCAGGUGGAGGAGAGCGACUCUGGGAUUUAUGGGUGUCGGGUGGAAAUUCCAGGAUGGUUCAAUGAUCACAAGCACGAGCAGAAACUGACUGUAGUGGCAGUGCCACCUAGUCCCCUGAAAGUGGAAGUCAAGGAAGUGAAGGAGAGAACGGUGACGGUUCAAUGGAGUCCAGUGUUCAACGGUGGCAGACCUAUCACAUCCUACAUGGUGCAACUGAAAAACAAUCAAGCAUUUUGGAAUACUGCAGUAGUAACUGAACUCCACAAUCCUGCCUUGACUCAAGUUAUGUUGAUGGGUUUGCGUCCGGCCAAGACCUACAACCUCCGUAUGUUUGCCCACAACAUCAUCGGCCAGAGCAACAGCAGCAAUGUCCUGACGAUCACAACCAAAGAAGCAGGUACUUAGUUAGUUUUUAUAGUUUG